AUGAACAGCAGCACAUGUGAUCAGCAGCUUGUCAUCAUCUGCAGAAGGAGGAAGUUUCCUCCCACUUUGUGUUUUUGUCUGGAGACAUGAGUAAGCUUUUAUUUUGUCGACAGUCUCACUUUAGCUUUUAUAAAAUUUAAGAUUAUAAAGAAGACUUAGCAGCUUAGUUUAAACACACUGGCUGAUAUCUGGAGCUUCAUCUGAAGUCGUGUUUGUGAGACUGCAGUGUCAUGGUUACACCAGCAAAAAACAGCAAAACCACAGAGGAAUCUGAUCUGACUGAAGGGAUGGAGAAGGUGAAAACACUGAAGCAGUUCCCUCCGUACGGCGCCAUACAUGGACACUCAACAGGAGAAACCUGCCCCACAUGUCGUGGCACCGGGCGAAUCCCCAGAGGCCAUGAAGACCAGCUAGUUGCUGUAAUACCAUGCAGUGAUGCAAGGCUGAAACCCAGACGCACGAAGCUGUACGUCUGCAUCUCCAUGGUCGUGUGUCUCUUCGUUUGCUGUCUGACUCUUUUCUUCCUCUUCCCCCGGAGUGUCAUCGUGACGCCUGUGUCCGUGCUGUCCGUCAUGGUCUACUUCACCCCAGACGAAGUUGAUAUGGAGGUCACAAAUCUCAUCACCAUCUCCAAUGAGAACUUUGUCCCAGUUCAGAUUGUGGAGUUUACCAUGCAGGGUCUGGUCUCUAAAGAAGUUGUGGCUAAAACCAGGAUAUAUAACAUGACCGCCAUCCAGCCACGCUCACAGAAAUCGUACACCAUUCAAAUUGACCUGCCCAUCACCGAUAAAGGCCUAAACUCUUACUGCAAGUCGAGCUCUAUCAAGAUUCACACGUUAUUCGUGGAGCUGCAAAUAACAAUGAAUAUCUCGUAUCUCUCUCACACGGAGCAGCUGUCUCUGGACACCUUUGAGUAUAUUGACUGUGGCACCAACUCAACAAUCCCUCAUCCUGUGAGAUGAUGAAAUCAAAAUGAAAAACACCAAAGUUGGAGUGUGAAAUAAUGAAUAUUGUGGCUGCAUUGCACCUUUUCCCUUCCUCUUCUGUGUGGGAUGUGACUUUAUGAAUUGCAAAAAUGCAUCUUAUCCAGUGAUUCAGAUCUUUUACUUUAGAAAAACUACCAAAGGAAACAGUGUAGUAAUAAAGUAGCAAGUAAAUGUACUUAGUUACGUUCUUAUGAUCUUAUUGUGUAUGUUGUUUUAGCAUACCUUACGACUUUAACCAAUCACCACAAUGUUAUAAUUUAAACAUAUUGAUGCUUUAAAUAUACUUAUAUUUCAGCAUGAAUGUUGUAUUUGAUUGAGAUCUGCCUGUAAAUCUUAUUUCAGGCAAAGUAUGAAACAAGGCAAAGUAUGAAACGAGCACAAUUAUUGUAUUUUUGUUUUAAAAUGUGAGAAUUUCACAAUGUUUUUGAGCAGCAUGUCAUCUAUUGUGUAAAUAGGAUGUUAAUCUCUGAUAAUCUUGUCUGUGGCAUUUGCACUUCAUUAAACUGUGGCAUUCAA